GAUUAUGACGCUAGUUGACAUGCCUAGUGCCUCAUGCUUUUAAAAUCGCUUGCGUAGAUAUGCCUUCGUGGAGCCUGACCGGGCUUCCGUAGGGUGCCAUGGAUGGGAAGAUUGCCGGCCUGUACGACCUCGGUGAGACGUUGGGUCGCGGCCACUACGCAAUCGUCAAACAAGCGAAACACGUCUUCACCGGGGAGCAGGUGGCCGUCAAAGUCAUUGACAAAACCAAGCUAGAUCACCGGUCGGAAUCACACCUUUUCCAAGAAGUGCGAUGUAUGAAACUGGUACAACACCCCCAUGUGGUAAGGUUGUACGAAGUUAUCGACACCCAGACAAAACUCUACCUCAUUCUCGAGUACGGAGACGGAGGUGACAUGUAUGAUCAUAUCAUGAAGCAUGACAACGGUCUUUCCGAAGAGCUUGCUCGGAAGUAUUUCGGUCAGAUCCUCUCGGCCAUCAUUUACUGCCAUAAACUCCACGUCGUGCACAGAGAUCUCAAGCCUGAAAAUGUUGUAUUUUUUGAUAAGCUUGGCGUUGUCAAGUUGACAGAUUUUGGAUUCAGCAACAAAUUCCUCCCGGGAGAGAAGCUAGCAACUAGCUGUGGCUCUCUCGCAUACUCGGCCCCUGAAAUACUCCUCGGUGAUUCUUACGAUGCUCCGAAAGUUGAUAUUUGGAGCCUCGGGGUUCUGCUUUAUAUGUUGGUCGCCGGCCGGGCACCUUUCCAAGAAGCGACAGACAGCGAAACGCUCACGAGGAUCAUGGACUGCAAAUACGAAGUUCCUCGACACGUAUCAAGACAGUGCAGAGCGCUAAUUGGCAGAAUGCUCAUCAGAAGUCCAGAGAAAAGGGCUACGUUGGAACAGAUCGCUGAUGAUGAAUGGUUGAUGGGUUUCGACAUAGGUGCAAUGGCGGAAGCUUCCGCGCCCCUCAUGAGUCGAGAACAUCUGUCCGAAGAGGACCACGCGCUGAUAGUUCACAAGAUGGUUCAGGGGAGCAUAGCCACCAAGGAACAAAUCCAAGAUGCGCUCGAGGAGAAUAUCUACAAUCACAUCACGGCGACGUAUUUCCUGCUCGCGGAACGGAAAUUACGGUCGAGUCGCUUAGGAGCAAAAACUCCGACAAGGGGUCGGAAACAAAUGCUCGCUCAACCGCCGAAAGUUGCUCCCGGAACUAUCCCGAUCGUGAUGAAUGCAACGGCAGACACUUUGAUGGUUCCAUCAAGGCUCGCUAGGAAGUGCAGCAUCGUACGUGAAGGUGAAGAGAACGAUUCGCCGAGCCCUCAACCACCGCAAAGCCUAGCUCAAACGCCGGUGCAAAUCGCGGAGGUUAUGAGUCCCGAAAGCGAUGAAGAUUCUUCUUCGUGCCAUUUGACUAGUCAGGAAGCAUCAUCUCCCGUCGGCACGGUUCGCCAAAUGCUUUCCCUACCAACGGGAGCCUCAGGAUCACUUUCAUCUCAACAGCUCUGCCCCCCGGGAUCCAUGGGGAGCGACGGAGAUGAGAGUCAGCAACUCAGCCCAGCAGGCCAACCUGUGGGGCGUAAGUUGCACGCUGUAAAAUCCAGUCCACAGCUUCUGCAGUCCACCGCCACUAUCGCUUCGAAUGGCAACGCGUCCAGAGCUCCUACAACAGCAGGUCACAACACGGCACCUCGACACCGCCGACUAAGCUGUUCGAGUUCCGAAGGUGAAGACGAUGAUCCGACAUUCCGUCGUCUGGAGCGGAGCAAACAGGAGGAAGAUUCGGUUGUCGAGGGUAAACGAAGAGACUCGAUCGCAGCACAAAUUUGUCGAGAGAGACGGGCGUCAGCGUUGUCCAUAGCCACAACACCUCCGAUCGCAACGCCUGAGAGUGAAAAUCUACCCACCUUGAAUCUAAGUCACCUCGUUAGACACGACUCUGUCCAGUUCAUGGACAAGAGCGACUCAUCGUCGAUUCACGGCCCCGUCAGCGAACCACUCCGGGACAUCACAAGCUCGAAGCAAAUCCUCCCCUCUCCGACUCCAGUUCACCAAAGUAAAUCCCUCGACGCUAACGAGAUGUCGCCAAAGAUUUCCAACAACAACAACGGCCCCCAGCUCAAGAAUCGGAGCAAGCGACUGGUUGACGUGAAGCUCUCCUCGAAGUGCUGUAGUAUAUGCUAGAGCCAUGAUCGCAACGCGCCCGCGGCGGGAGUAUGACCGCUGUGGGGGUCGUAGAGCGAUGACGGGCAUCGUGCGUGGGUAAAAACAACAAUCGAAUUCAAG